CGCGGAGGGCGGCGGUGGGGUGUGGCAUCGGCUCGGCAUGGUGAGGCCGCUCGCGCUGGAGCCGCCUUAUGUAGGCUGGGUCGGGGAGAUGGUGCGCACCGCGGCGAGGGUGAUGGCGGUGCCGACGCUGCUGGACGAGUUUGCGCGCGCGUGGUAUUUCUGCGUGGCAGACGGCGGCGCCGGCGGCCAGCGCGAGCGGUAUAUUGCCGGGCUGGUGCUCUGGAUCCUGCGCCGGCUGGCUUGGGACGCGGAGAGGUAUGGCGCCAGUGCGAGGUGGUCGUUGACGCCGCGCAACGUGCCGUGUCUGGUGCAUGAGAAGUUCUGGUGUCCGUUUAUGAGGAUGUAUCCUGAGGCGCUUGGACUGCUGGAGAUGUGUUGCCUCCGCGGUCCGGCGGCCGCUGCUUGGGAUGAAGAGCUGGCUGUGCCGGCUGAUGCCGUGGCUGGCAACAGUUUCGACGGCUUCUCGCCGGACUCCUUCAGAAUGCGGAAGGCUCGUGGAGAACGCCCAACCCGAGGUACGAGCCCUGUGCCAUCAUUGGAAGAUGCAUUUUGGGACCUGGAGCAGGAGUUGUCGGACCUUGGUUGAGAGCUGCGUGCAGUUGCAGCUGCUAAGGCUUCAUAACGACCCUGGGAAGAAUUCUUUGUCUGGUACGUCCUCAAAGAUUUCGACCUGGGCCCUAAAGUAUGAACAUCGACUGCCGAUGUACAAAGUCCCCUGCCCCCUACCUUGGGCUUCUGAGUCCAUCCCUGACUAUACUUCUCCCUUUCUGUAGAUCAGCCAGACCUGUGCCUCUCAGUUUUCGCUUUUUAUAUAUCCGCUGCCUAUAUAACCUGCAAUGUUUCAAGCAGUCGCAUCCUCUGUCAAUAGAUAACAUACGGCUUCCCCCCACCCCAACUAAUAGAUCUCCCAUCGAAGUCCCGCAUCACUGUCUGCAACCUGAAGUGUUUCUUCU